AUGGGGAGAGGACGAGUGGAGCUGAAGCGUAUUGAGAACAAGAUUAACCGUCAAGUCACCUUCGCCAAAAGGAGAAAUGGCCUGCUGAAGAAGGCCUAUGAGCUCUCGGUUUUAUGCGAUGCAGAGGUCGCUCUCAUCAUCUUCUCUAACAGAGGAAAACAGUACGAGUUUUGCAGUAGCUCCAGCAUGCUCAAGACACUUGAGAGGUACCAAAAGUGUAAUUAUGGUACACAAGAAACAACUGUUUCAACAAAGGAGACACAGAGUAGCCAACAAGAGUAUUUGAGGCUCAAGGCACAUUUCGAGGCCCUGCAACGUUCUCAAAGAAAUCUUCUUGGUGAGGACUUGGGUCCUCUUAGUGGAAAGGAGUUGGAGCAACUCGAGCAACAACUAGAUAUGUCAUUGAAGCAGAUCAGAUCAAUAAAGACGCAGUACAUGAUCGAUCAGCUUGCCGACCUCCAAAGAAAGGAACAAGCAUUAUCGGAAUCUAACAAUGCUUUGAAAAGAAAGCUAGAAGCAGCAGGAGGGUGGGACUCUACUGGCCACCAGAUGGAGUACAAUCGACAGCCGGCUCAAGCCCAGGCCGACAACUUCUUUCAUCCUUUGGAAUGUGACCCCACGCUACAAAUAGGUUACCCAUCUGGGUAUCCAAAUCCAAUUACAGUUGCAGCCCCUGGGCCAAGUGUGACUAACUUCAUGCCUUGGAUGGCUGGCAUAGAGGGUUGA